UUCUUCUAUUGGUUACACUACCACAAAGCCACCAUCGAAGAAGAAAAAGGCGGAAGUUAGUGUGACUUCAACGUGGCCAUACAAGAAAAAAACACAGAGGAAAAGAACGACGGCGAUCAGAAAAAAUGGCGUCGUGCGAGUGGCAUCAAAAACAUUCGGAAGCUGUUGGCCAAAAUCAUAUCGGAGGCGUCCAACAGUGUAUUUGUGGACUCGUGAGCACCGGUUUGGAGCAAGAGGGCCUCCAAAUUAAAGAGGAAGGCAAGGAUACACUGUCCCCUUCUGUUAAGGAGGAAGGGGAGGAGGUUGACAUGAGUAUGUUGCCACUUCUUGCUGUCACUGUGAAAAGCGAAGAUGAGGACGAAGAAACACCCGAAGGGUCAGCGCUUCAUCAUGGAGACCACGAUGGAGGACCAGUAUCAGACGGCCUCUUAACUUGGCUGUCAAACAACAAUGACCCGGAGGAAUCUUUGUUGAACGGCGCAGACUGUGAAGGUGACCACACAAAAUCAAAAUGCUCUCAGGAGGUGACAAUUCUCGGCAAUAAAGAAACUUCACAAAGGUUGAACGAAACGGAAACUAUCUCAAGUUGCGUUGAAAGCAUUGCUGAAAAACGACUUCCUACUGGAAACACAGAAGAAAAACCUUAUUGUUGUUCAACUUGCGGUAGAAGUUUCUCACGGAAGGCAAAUAUGGAAAACCACAUGCAAACACACACAGGAGAAAAGCCCUUCUCUUGCGCAGUUUGUGGGAAAAUGUUUUCCCGGAAGGAUUAUGUGUCAUUACACAUGAAAACCCAUACGGGAGAAAAACCAUUUUGUUGCUCUGUUUGUGGUAAAACAUUCGCUCAUCGGUCCCACAUGGUAUCGCACAUGCGAACACACACAGGAGAAAAACCUUAUUGUUGCUCACUUUGUGGGAAAGCGUGCUCGCAAAAGGCAGACAUGGCCAAACACAUGAUUGUACAUAGUAAAGAAAAAAACUUUGCGUGUGCAACUUGUGGUAAAACAUUCGCCCGCAAAUUAAGCCUCCGAGUACACAUGAGAAGUCACACUGGAGAAAAACCGUUUUGUUGCGUAAUUUGUGCUAAAACCUUCACUCGGAAGGCAAACGUCAUAAACCACAUGAGAUCACACACGGGAGAAAAACCUUUUAGUUGCUCAGUUUGUGGAAAUACAUACUCCCGAAAGGACCAAAUGUUAUCGCACAUGACAAGUCAUACAGAUGUCAAACCUUUUUGUUGCUCAGUUUGUGAAAAAACCUUCCCUCAAAAGACAAAAUUGGUAAAACACAUGAAAACACACACAAGUGGAAAAACAUUUGGUUGCUCUACUUGUGGCAAAACUUUCUCUCGUGAAAUAUAUCGAGCCAUACACAUGAGAACGCACACUAGAGAAAAACCAUUUGGUUGCCGAACUUGUGAUAAAGCUUUCGCUUGCAAAAGAUACCUUGUGGUACAUAUGACAACACACACAAAAGAAAAACCCUUCAGUUGCUCUUCCAUAAAUCAAGUCUAGCCGUACACUUGAGAAUGCAUACUGGAGAAUUUGUUUUUAUUGCUCCUUUUGUAGUAAAACAUUCAAAUUUUUUUUUUCCUCAUUCCUCUAAUAUCAUUUGUUCAUCGUCUCGUUGUUGGCGAGAAUACUAAAUGUAUUUUUUUGCGUUAGUCUUCUCUGAAAAUCAACACGAAUUCUGAGAAGCAAGAACGUAAAAGAUUCUGCAUUCUCAUCUGUACUUGAUCAUAAAUUCAAUUAUACUUCAUUUAAUCCCCACUUUCAUACUUUGAUUUAAUUGUAUUUACUGGUAAAUGAGUUGAUUGCUUUUUGCUGUUCACGUAUACACAAGAUGACUUGUACAAACUUUCGCACUUUUACAAAGAAACAAA